AUGUUAAAUUUAUCUAAUUUAUGGUUUGCAUGGAGUAAAUAAAACAAAUUGAAGGAUCGUUAUGAAAUAGAUGGAAGAAAAUCAUUAGGUCCUUCAAAAUAUGGUCUGGUGAUUAAAUACAAAGAGAAAAAAAAGGAUGGUUAAAUUCGAACUGUUAGAGUUGUGCCAAAAACUAAAGUUAUCAAUCAUUCUAGAUUCAAAUAGGAAAUUAACUAAAUGCGAUAUUUAAAUCAUGAAAAUAUUACGAGGUUGAUUGAAUUAUUUGAGGAUGAUAAAAACCUUUAUUUUGUUUUAGAAUAUUGUGAUGGAGGAUCAUUGUUUGAAAAGAUUUUAUUGAGAUAUUAUCUUAAAUAAAGCGAGGCAAGAUAUCUAUUUUAAUAAAUCAUAAAUUCUCUCAAUAUUGCACAUAGGUCUGCAAUUUGUUAAAGGGAUUUAAGACCUGAAUCAUUCCAUUUCAUUAAUAGAGAUAUAAAUAAUCUUGAUAUCAAAUUAAUCGAUCUUGGAUUUUAACUCAUAUAUGUUGAUGAUUAUCUCAAGAAAUCAAAUAAUCAAAUUAUUGAAACCUCUCGAUAAGGAAAAUUAUAUUUUACAGCUCCAGAAAUAUUUAAUGGAAAAUUGACAGAGAAGAGUGAAAUAUGGGCAUCCGGAGUCAUUUUGCAUGUACUGCUUACAGGUGAAUUGCCUUUUGAUGGAAAAGAUGAGAAUGAAAUUUAUAAGAAUAUUCAAGAUAAUAAAAUUCAAAUAAAAACAAAAGGAAUUGUCUCUGAUCUCAUUGAAAAAAUCUUAAAACCACAAGAUAAAAGAUACGAAAUAUUUUAGAUUUAAAAACAUUUAUGGAUGAAUUAAUAAUUUUCUGAAGAGGAAGAAACUUUGGACUUAAACUUUUCCAAGUUAAAAUUGCUUACUCAAAAUAAUUUUCUCUAAAAAAUUAUGAGGGGGUAUGUUGCUGAUUAAGUCAAAUAAGGAUUUGCUGACAAUCUAAGAAUAAUCUUUGAUUAAUUAGACACUACAGGUAGUGGAUUUAUCAAAAUUGAUUUAAUUUAAAAAUCCCUUGAAAAACAUCAAGAAUAUGAAGAAAUUCUUAAGUUACUUAAAUAUAUUUAGACUGAAGAUGGAACCAUUAAUUAUUUAGAUUUUAUGAAUUAGAUAUUAGAAAAAAGGGUAUUUGUGGAUGAAGAAAGAAUAUAUAAAACCUUUAAAAUGUUUGAUUUGAAUAACAAAGGCAAAAUUUCCAAUGAAAACUUAUGGGAAAUUUUAUCUAAGCUAGAGAAUUAUAAGUACAUCACUAAGGAAUAUUGCUCCUUAUUAAUUAGUGAAGUUGAUAGAGAUUACGAUGGAGAAAUUGAAUAUUUAGAAUUUAUUGAUAUGUUUUUUAAAAGAGUUUGA